AUACUCAACCCGAAGAAACAAAAGUCUAUUCAAGUUCUGUAAAUUAUUUACUUACAACUGAUACUGCUGAGAAUGAUCAAACUUUAUCAAAUAGAUUUAACUCGCAUGACAAUAUUACCAAUAGUAAAAUUAUUAAUAGCAGCGAUAAUGAUGAUAUCUUAGAAUAUGAGACUUCCUCAGGAAGUAGUAGUAGUAUACAACAAGCUUCAAGCGAUAAUGAACAAAGUUUUAAAAAUAAUAAAGAUCGCGAAGAAGCAAUUACUGAAGAAAUUAAUUCAAUGAAGUCAGAUUCACAUGUAACUGAUGAUAAUAAUGAUAGGAUGUGUAGGAUAUGUUUUUCAGGUCCUGAGGAUGAAGAUAAUUUGGGACGAUUGAUAUCACCAUGUCGUUGCAAAGGAUCAAUGAGGUAUGUCCAUGUUGAAUGUUUAAAUCGUUGGAGGUUGCGUAGCUUAAAGCGAACAAGUUUUUUUCAAUGUGAUGAAUGCAAAUACAAGUACGCAUUUCGUCGAACAACAAUUGCAAAAUAUGUUACAAAUGAAUCAAAAAUUUUCUUUUAUUUUUAUCCACCUGUCUCAGAGGAUUUAUUAUUUAAUGAUGAUGGUGAUAUAGCGGAUGAAGGGGCAGCAACGACAAUUAAUAAAGAGAUGUUCACAAUUUCAAAUCUAUUCACCAUUGAUUCUUCUCAUUUAAUAUUAGGAAUAAUGUUUGUAGGACUUGUAGGAUUCAUACAAAUAUUAAUUUCAAUAAUGUGGUUUGGACCUUUUCCAACUUUGAAUACUUAUAGAUUUGGAACCGGUGGAGGAGGUGGUGGUAGAAUUAAUGGACGUGUCGAUAUAAUCACAACAGCAUUUAUUUCAAUAAUUAUUCUCCUAGGUGUACUUAAAGCUUUCUGGGGAAUGUAUAAAAUGGUAAAAAGUGCUAGUCGAAAGAUUUUAGAAAGAGUUGAAUUGACAAUUUUAGAAGUUAAUGAAGCUGCAUCAUGA